AUGCAAAUGGCAUGGGGACAUGGCGAAGCACCUACAUGUCACGUUCUCAUCUAUCCCUUUCUCAGUCCAGAGCAUCGUCAACAAGCCAUCAAAGAUGCAGAUCCUAGCAUUCAAACUGGAUACCCACUCCCCCAGUCUGACAUAUACCAUCUCGAGCAUGUCGACGUCGCACUGUUUCAGGAGCACAUGCAAAAGCUUGAUCUUUGCAUCACCUUCUAUGCCAAUGCUAACAACAAUUACAGGAUGAUUCAUGAUAAACUUCUCAUGCAUAAUGCAACAGCUGGGAAGCCCCAGAUCCCUGGCCUCAAGACUGACGACCUGGCUAACCUCAGCUUUCAAAACAUGGGCUGGUGUUUCCUACAGCUCAUGUCCCACAAAGGGGAUCCAUCUCUUCUCAUCAUCAACAAGAAACUUAAUGAGGGUCAGGCCACAAUUGACCAUUUCAUCCACCACGCAAGCCUGGAGUCCAAGUUUCUGCCCAAAUGUGGCAAAAAUCAUUCAGCUGUGCUUGGUCAGUUUACCCUGGUGAUUGAAAAUAUUUCCAGCUCUGACCUGAGGCCCCAUCUGCCACAAUCUCCUAAACAGGAACUUCGGGGUGGCAGUUUAGAUGAGAACUCCUUGCCCUGCCUACAUGCAUGCAGAGGGUUGCCACCCAAUCAUCUUACCCCCGAGCUGACGAUUACAGCAGGAAUCCCUCUUUGUCCCCAACUUACUGACGACGCCACUUCACUGGUGGCAGAACCCCCGGUCGCCCAGCCCAACAUACAAUCCACCAAGCGGCCUGCUGAGUCCAGGUCACCAUCACCUGAUCACAGUCGCAUGCGCCCACUUUUGCCAAUUGACUCAUCAGCGCAAUUGCCCCCCCUGCCAUUGCCUCCCCCUUACUAUGCCGGAGAAAUCUGGCCAUUACCUGAUGAUGCAGAGUGGGCACAGGGUCAUCCCAUGUACAUCUCCCGUUUGUUGGAGACCGUGAUCUCCCUGCUCCCUGACACAAUAUGCCUGAUGGGACCCAAUGUCGGAUCUCUCGCUGACGCAGUGCUCAAGCUCUGCAGGUUUUACAUGAUGGUUGCAUGGGAUAAGAACAACAAAACAUUUUUCCGGAAGAUAGAGGGCCUUCUUAAACCACAAUUCGAUUCCCCCAACAUCCAUUGUGAAAAUUGGGAUGAGAUUGCCAAAUUCAGGAACAUGAAAAUCACUAUACUCCCGAGCCAGAGCCAUGGGGAUGGUAUUAAUAAAAUGGUCUUCAGGGAGGCGUUGAGGAGGGCUCUCGAAAAUACCAAUCUAUACACUUCCCUUCCCAAUGACUCCAGUUACUUCACAGCCACCUUUUGCAUGAUGGAGUGCACGGAGAGGGAAACUCAUCAAUGGAGAGCGCAAGGUCUCCUGCUCGCUCUCUGUUCUGUUACCUUUCGCAUGCCACCACUGCCGCCUUAUGAUGUUGGAUUUAAGCAACCGGAUCCGGAAAAGUCAAAACUCCAAAAUAGAUUGGUGUUGAAGCUUAUAUUGUUGUCCCAUCUGCUCACCGACUGGAGCAAUGGAAUUAAUGCCAUGAGGCAGGGAUUUGGGUACAAUUUUGGUCAUAAUGAUUAUCUGCAAGGCCUGGACCUUCUAGACCUGAUCCAGUUUGACCAUGGCUAUGUCAGGACAGAUGCCUUUUGUUCAACGCCUUGUGAUUGGGGUUAUGAGAUGCAGCCGAAUGGUGCACACCUCCCUCUUUAUGAAUGCAUGACAUACCUUAAUCAAGACUUGGAACGCCAUGGGCCACACUUCCUAGUGAUGGCAACCAGUCUGCCAUAUAUGCCUGCAGUGCCCGAGGAGAGGAUCAAGUUAUUCCGCACAAGCACUUGCUUCAAUGUCAUCAGGCUCAAGGUCGACAUGGCCUUGUGCAGCCUACUUGCUGGACAGGCAACACCACUCUUCCCGAAUUUUGAGGCGUGCUUGGACUUCUGGUUGUUCGACGAUGAUCAGAUCAUUACGCUGGUUUAA